AUGCUUAUAAGUACUUUAUUAUUUUUUUUACUAAAUGGUAUAACUCAUUUUACCGCUACAUCAUCACAUAACAGAAUGAAACAAUGGAUCCCAUUAGUAGAAAUGAAUACUCAUGGAGAUCAAGACAUGGAAAAUAUUACUGCUGAAGAUGGAAUAAAUAAAAAUAUUGCCAAUGAUAGAAUGAAUGAUAUUAAUUCAGAAGAUAGUUCAAUCGAAAUGUCACUAGUUCGAAAAAGAAGAAUAAUAAGUCAACUUCCUACUACCCCUGAACAAAGAACUUGUUUUACCAAAUAA